AUGAGUGAUAAGCGUUUAAUAUUUUGUUCUUUAGGUUUGUUUAUCAUUGAUGAAAUACAUUUUUCCAACGGAAGUUCUUUAUACAAUGUUCUUGGAGGGGGAGGAACAUUCGCCAUUGUCGGCUCAAGGAUAGUUUUGGGAAAUAAUUACGCCAAUAAAUGCGGUUGGAUAGUGGACAUUGGAAAUGAUUGCCCGCCAACGAUUGAGCAGAAACUCAAAAGUUGGAAUACCGCUGCCAUUUUUAGAUAUCAUAAUGAUCGUGCUUGUAAUCAUGGCUGGAAUAAUUAUGGAGCGAAUGAAUACCGGGAGUUCCGUUUCACUACUGAGCCAAUUUGCAUUGGCUUGGAAGAUAUCUUGGUGCAUAGGCAACUUUUAUAUUCAAAGUCAUUUCAUUUCAUAAUCUCGCCGGAAGAUUGCUUAGAAGUUUUACAGAAGCUUAAAGAAAUUAGAGGUGAUAAAGAUAUGCCAUUUGUUGUUUGGGAACCGGACCCAGAUGACUGUACCCAAAAUAUGCUAUCCAAAUGUAUACCGGUGUUAGGGAAAAUAGAUGUUCUUUCACCUAACGCUGCGGAAUGUGCUUCACUGUUGGGAUUGCCGGAGCCGCAUAACCCCAACUGUUGCGAGAAUGUCGCUAAAGAAUUUUUACCUUACAUCACUAAAACCUUAAAGUCAGCAAUUGUACUCCGUUGUGGAGAAAUGGGAAGUUUACUUAUGACGCAUGCGCAAAAAAGGUGGUUCCCUCCUUAUUAUAUUAAUCAAAGCAAAGUUGUGGAUCCAACCGGUUGUGGUAAUACGUUUGUUGGUGCUUUCGCAACUGGGUAUAUAUUAAGUGAUGGUGAUUUAAAUGCUGCCUGUAUUUGUGGUACCCUUGCAAGUGGAAUUGCAAUCGAGACUCAUGGUGUCCCAACGUUGAGUGAAAUCGGGAGAGAAGAACUCUGGAAUAAUUUAUCAUUCAAUGACAGAGCUAGAAUUUACUUAAAGGAUAACCCUACUUUAUCCAUAGAAUAUAAGCAGUUUAUAUCUAUGAUUCGGCCAAAUCAAUUUUAA